UGAUGAGUUGACAGUCUUGCAUAUCAAAGCUUAUUACUUACAAAAACCAAUGAAUGAAUGAGUUAGUGUGCGUGUGUAUUUGUUUGGUGUGAGCAUAACAUGGUGCAUGUGUAGAGAUAAGAGGACAGCUGGGAAGACUUGGUUCUUCUCAACCAUGUGAGCUCUAACAACUGAAUUCAGGUUAUUAGACCUGGCAGCAAGUGCCUUUACCUGCUAAGCUAUCUUGCCAGCCUGUGUUUGCUACUGUGUAUUGUGAGUCACAUCUCAUGAAUGUAUUGCACUUGUCUCAACUGCUCAUCUUUUCAUACAUUUUGGUUUUUCUAAUUUUAGCUAUUGCAAAUAAGUUGCUAUUAAUAGUUGUGGAUACAGUAAUCUAUCUUGGGAGGAAAAAUGCCAAUCUUGGGUCUGGUGUAGAAGUAGAAGAAUUCAGCUGGGAAGAUUAUCUAGAAGAGACAGGCUCCACCACAGUUCCCUACGCAUCGUUUAAACAUGUGGAUAUACGUUUGCAAAAUGGCUUUGCUCCUGGGAUGAAGCUGGAGGUAGCUCUGAAAAGUGAUCCUGAGACUUACUGGGUUGCCACCAUCAUCACUGCCUGUGAGCAGUUGCUCCUGCUCCGUUAUGAAGGCUAUGGGGAAGACCGGAAGGCAGACUUCUGGUGUGACAUCAGGAAAGCUGGCCUCUAUCCCAUCGGGUGGUGUCAGCAGAACAAGAAGACCCUCGAAGCUCCAGAAGGCAUCAGAGAUAAAGUGUCUGAUUGGAAUGCAUUCCUACAGCAGACCCUGAUAGGAGCCUGUGGUCCGCCUGUGUCUCUGCUAGAGGGCCUCCGUAAUGGAAGGAAUCCUUUAGAUCUCAUAUCUCCAGGGUCCAGACUAGAAUGCCAGGAUUUUCGGGACUCUUUAAGCACUUGGCUUGUUACUGUUGUGGAGAACAUUGGAGGACGGUUGAAGCUGCGGUAUGAAGGCCUUGAGAGCCGCGACGGUUUUGAACACUGGUUGUAUUACUUAGAUCCAUUUCUUCAUCACAUUGGUUGGGCUGCUCAGCAAGGAUGUGACCUUCAGCCCCCAUUAGCCAUCAAACAUCUGAAGAGUGAAGCUGACUGGCAAGAGAUUUUGGCCAAAGUGAAAGAGGAAGAGCCAUUACCCUCUUACUUAUUUAAGGAUAAGCAAGUUAUUGGAACCCAUGAAUUUUCUAUAAAUAUGAAGUUGGAAGCUGUGGACCCGUGGUCUCCUUUUGGGAUUUCUCCUGCGACAAUUGCUAAGGUGUUUGAUGAUAAGUACUUUCUAGUGGAAAUGGAUGACCUUCGGCCAGAAGACCAUGCAAGGCGAUCAUUUGUGUGCCAUGCUAACAGUCCUGGUAUCUUUCCUGUGCAGUGGAGUCUAAAGAAUGGUUUACAUAUCAAUCCUCCUCCAGGCUUCCGGAGCCAGGACUUUGACUGGGCUGACUACCUCAAGCAGUGUGGUGCUGAAGCUGCGCCCCAGAAGUGCUUCCCGCAGUCAAUUUCUGAGCACCAGUUUAAGGAGAACAUGAAACUGGAGGCAGUGAACCCUCUUUUCCCUGAAGAAGUGUGCAUUGCCACCGUUACUGCAGUGAGAGGCUCGUACCUGUGGCUCCAGCUAGAAGGUUCUAAGAAGCCUGUACCCGAAUUUAUUGUAAGUGCAGAGUCGAUGAAUAUAUUUCCUUUGGGCUGGUGUGAAACCAAUGGCCAUCCUCUCAGUACUCCUCGCCGGGCACGAGGGCAUAAACUGAGGAAAAUCGCAGUGGUUCAACCAGAAAAACAAAUAUUGUCUUCAAGAACUGUCCACGAGGGCCUGAAGAAUCAGCUGAACUCUACCCACUCAGUGAUGAUCAAUGGAAAAUACUGUUGUCCAAAGAUAUACUUCAACCACCGUUGCUUCUCAGGGCCCUAUCUUAAUAAAGGAAGAAUUGCUGAGCUGCCUCAAUGUGUGGGACCUGGGAACUGCGUUCUGGUACUUAGAGAGGUACUUACUUUGCUUAUCAACGCAGCAUACAAACCCAGCCGCGUCCUCCGUGAGCUCCAGCUGGACAAAGACUCUGUGUGGCACGGAUGUGGGGAAGUCCUAAAGGCCAAAUAUAAAGGAAAGAGUUACCGAGCUACUGUUGAGAUAGUGAGAACAGCAGACCGAGUGACUGAAUUCUGCCGGCAAACAUGCAUCAAGCUGGAAUGUUGUCCCAACCUCUUUGGUCCACGCAUGGUUCUGGAUACAUGUUCUGAGAACUGCUCUGUCCUUACAAAGACCAAAUACACGCACUAUUAUGGAAAGAAGAAAAAUAAAAGAAUUGGGAGGCCACCCGGUGGGCAUAGUAAUUUAUCUUGUGCCCUGAAAAAAAGCAGUAAGAGGAGAAAAAGGCGGAAGAAUAUUUUUGUUCAUAAGAAGAAGCGUUCUUCUGCAUCUGUUGACAAUACCCCAGUGGGCUCACCCCAGGGAAGUGGGGGUGAAGAUGAGGAGGAUGCAGAUGAUGGAGAUGAAGACUCCCUGACUGAGGGCAGUACAUCCGAGCAGCAGGAGGAGUUGCAGGAGGAGUCUGAGGUGUCAGAGAAAAAAUCUAGCUCCUCGUCUCCCACCCAGAGUGAGACGCCCACCCCCCUGCCCCCAGACACGCAGACCAACAAGAGAGACGCCCAGACCUCCUCCGUCUCAGACGAUGAAAACAAGCCUCCUUCACCAAAGGAAAUAAGGAUUGAAGUUGAUGAAAGGCUUCACCUGGACAGUAACCCACUGAAGUGGAGUGUGGCCGAUGUCGUGCGGUUCAUCAGGUCCACUGACUGUGCUCCGUUGGCAAGGAUAUUCCUUGAUCAGGAAAUCGACGGGCAGGCCCUUUUGCUCCUUACCCUUCCCACUGUUCAAGAGUGCAUGGACUUAAAGCUGGGCCCCGCCAUCAAGCUUUGCCAUCACAUAGAGAGAAUCAAGUUUGCUUUUUAUGAGCAGUUUGCCAACUGAGAAGGACGAGCGACUGAGCUGGGUCUUUGAAGCACAGUGCAGCAAACCCUUCGCCCUGCUCUGCAGGUGACUGCAGGAGUCCUGGGCUGUCCUGUCGGCCUGCAAGUGGUGGCUUGCUAUCUUUGCACUUUCAGGGAAGGAGGACCCACACUGAGGAAGCAAAAACAGCACAAAAAUGGCUCUCCUACAGUGGAAAUAUGGACUUUUGUUUAGAAGAUUCCAGUUUUAAAAAAGUUGUGAGAAAACCGUAAAAGUCUGACUUGCCGUUAAUGGGACCUGAAAACAAAGAAUGAUGGUGACAGCUGGACAGCACCAAUUUGGUUAUUUUCAUUCUGUUCCUUCCCUCUGUAGAUUGGACUCUGUUCUCUGCUUUCUCUUUCUUGAAAAGAGAGGACAUAGCUUUAAGGCAGCACUGGUUGGGACUGUGCCUAAGGCACAUCAGUGCUUCAUUGUUGUUGUGUUUUUAAGCUUUUUUAAAUUAAAGCAGUUCAUUUGGGGAUAAUUAAGUGGCUCUAGGGUUUUGAAUGUAUAGUCACACUUUGAUCCAUUUUAAAUCUAUUCUUAGGAGUUCCUUGGUUUACUACCUCUGUUGAUGACUGCGCUUACAGCCAUGAGUGACAUUUUUUUGUAUGAUGCCAUUUUUAAGCUGAAUGCUAAAACUAUGACAGAAAUUAGAGAAGGCACUGCCUGCUUUCUUAAAGAUAUCAUGUCGGCACUUACACCACCAGUCCCUUAACCAAUUUGUCCUAAGAAUUCUACUGUUGUGUCCUCCAUCAUGACCCUGUUUUGGCCACCAUUGUUAAGUGGCUUUACAAAGACCAAUGGGUAAUUACUCUCUCCCUGUUAGUUCUGAAAAGUAUUUAAGUGGCUUUACUUUAUGUUUAUUCUUCUGUUAGAGUUGUUUAACUACCUCUGUUUUAUUUCUGGAGUUUCUACUCUCAGUGAAAAUCAGUAUGUGUUCUUUGGACCCACUGUCAAAGCCCAUUUUUCUGGUUUUCUAGGUAUGUCCAGGUAGACACAUAGCACAGAAAUGUAUCUUUGGGGAUGGCACAAAGUAUGAAGUUCCUUAAUAGUGUCCUCGGUUAUGAGUACUGAGAGGUAGUUGUGUCUAUGACAUGCUACCCCAAAUGUCCCAGAUCUUACCCCUUCUGGAAAGCUAAGCAGGGCCUGGUUGGUACUUGGAUGGGAGAGGUGGUUAAGGAGUCUGGAAAUCUCUGUCUAGCCACAUUUAUGCCUGUCUUCAGUUAAACCAACUUAAAUUGAAUGUAAUUACAGUCUGAAGAUUCUCACUCAGUAGCUCAUUCUUUUGAAGUUUUUCUUUUUUUUUAAUUAAACUCAAGUUGACAUGAGGCUCCAGGUUACAAUGGCGUUGUCAGCUACUAGAGAAGAACAGCACUUGCUCAGCCACAGCUGUGAGUAAGGGAAGACGUGUGUACACAGUUGCCUCCUUUGCUGUUUUCCUUGUUGAUUAUUUAUUUAUUUAUUUAUUUUUUGAUUACCCUAAUUCCUACAGAUUUAUACCCUAAGCAUUUUUCCUCAAGAAUUGAAAAUGUUUUAAAACUGCAAACUGAGUAACUUCUGAACAAGUAUACAAAUAUAAGGUAAUAUUAUUACAAAUUUAAAUUGUGAAUUUUUUUUUCUUUUCUCAACUCAACCCCCACCUGUUUUGAUGGACACUGGGGAAGUCUGUCGUCUGGAUUCUCUUCUUCAUUGGAUAACCAUCUAACCAAGGCUGAAAGCAGUAGCCCUUCAGAUGGGAACCAACAGGAAUAACUGGGAAGAAGCUUCGUUUAAGUAAUGCUUCAUUGAUUUGAGCUUACUUCGAGAUCCAUUUCUAAAAAUGUGAUUCUUUCCUGCCAUGAAGAGAAGCGCACAUGAUACUAGGAAACAGUAUUGGCAGACUGACAAGCCGUGGCUCUCUUGAUAGAAUCUCCUGAGACCACAGGAGCUGAGUCACCGAUACAAAGGGGGUCUUGUGAAGACAUAAAACCUAUGCCUGUAGGAUCUCACAUUGUUACCUUAGUAAAUGAAAGGUGACAGCAGUGGCUGUAGCUUACUCUCUUCUUGACUCAGAUGACAGAAUGUAGAACUGUUAGUGUUGGCAGGGAUCGUGCCUGAAGGGGAAGCACAUGACCCCGCCCAGGUGGUGCUUGGGGGGGGGGGGUGGCACCAUAACUCUUCUGUCUCUGCUUUCUCCUAUAGAGAGACCAGCCGUGAGUUAGACAAGAGGGGGCUUCCCUAAAUAUUUGUUGGCACUCUUAUUGGGAUACAGUGUACUUGACAGUCACAUCAAAGAAUUAUCUACCCCAUCCCUUCUCACAGUAAGAGGAUAAUUCUAUGAGAAUUUUGCAGAGGACUUUUUUAAAGUAUAAAAUUCUAAUCCCAAACUGGGUAUGGUGAUACAUACCUUUGAUCCCAGUGCUUGGGAAGUGGAAACGAGGCUCAUAGUGAAUUCUAGGCCAGCCUGGGUUAUAUGAGACCCUGCCCUUUUUAAAAACUGUUUUUAUUUCUGGUAUCUAUCAAAGAGGCAGGGGUUAGACUGGGUAGCAGUGAUGGUUCGCUUCUGAUGCUGGAAUGUUUUAAGUUUGAUAAUAGCUUGCAUUGUUGGGGUAAAUGGCUUAUGUUGCACAUUUGUAUGGUAAGUCUGUUUCUGAGACAGCCAGCCUCAAGCUUUUUAAAGGUAUGCUGUGAGGAGAGUGUGUGGAGUUCACCUGCAGUUGUCCUCAAUAGCUUGCCUGCAAUCAAGUUUUUUAUGAUCCAUCUUUAACUUGAGUUGACAAACUUAGAAAUACAUGAAUGGACUAUACUGUCCUCCCAGACCUGGAAACUUAACUAACCAAAACUAGACUUUACAGCUAUAUUGGUCUUCUAGGGAAACCUUCAACUGUAUGUGCAGAUUGGCUCUGAGAUUUUGACUAUAUUUGCUGAUUUCCAUUGUGAAACAUCUUCAUCCUUUUCAAAUACAGGGAAUACAUUAAUAGAGCCUUUUAAUUACACCUUUAACCUUUCUUUAACAAUUUAUACAGCUCCCUGUUUUUAUAACACAGGUAUAGGAAGGGUACUGGCCAAGCUCCGGAAAUGAAGAUCUUGGUAAAUAUUUAUUAUUGAAUUUAAAAGAGGCAGGCAUAGAAAACCAGUUUAGAGUUUGACCUUUGUAUGUCUCUUUGAGAAAUAAAAGUAUUUUCACUGAGGGAAAGGGCAUUAGACCAAAGCUGCCUGAAGACUUGAAUAUGAAUACAUUUCACAUGCUCUUUAGAACCACUUUAGUUACUGAUGUGAUGCCUGAAUACGGCAAAUGGGAUGAAAACAUCCCACUUCUCUCAGCCCAACAUUGUUUCCAAGGGACACAGAACAUCGGGGGAGUCUAAAUGAAAGGUAAUAGCAGUGUAACAACUUGUAAAAUCAUGAAAGCUGUCACUGGGACUUACUCUUAGUUGGCACCUCUCACCAGAGCUUGUCCAGUUUGAGUGAUUGCCAACAGUGCUGGGAGAGAAGUUAGACUGGCAAUAACAAGAGUGUGGACUUGCCUUACAUACUGGGCAUAUUCCAUGUGUGUGGAAAACCACACGAGUUCCCAAGUGUUCUUAUGAAGUGAAGUAGAGAACUUGGGCAGACAAGAUGCUCCCUUUAUAAAUUUGGAUGUCUUUGGUCCUGGGAUCUUUGUAAGUUCUGUGUCUUAUGACCAUGAUGCUGGCUCAGAAACUCUGUAAGGACAGAGCCUCCUGUACAAACAAGAAGUAAUAGUCACUUUCCUGCUAUUGGCUUUAUUUACUUUAAAUGUUUUACUCAUGAACUUCGAUGAUUGCUUUGUAUGAGAAUGUAUGUACUUGGGGAAUUUGAAUUUAUUCUAAUAAGCUACCUAUUAACUUGGAGUUUUGUUGUAAGAACUCUAAACUUAAAGUCCAGUCCAAAUGGGUCUGGUUCCAGGUGCACUCGUUUGGGGUUGUUUUCCUUACUGCUUGUCUUCAGCCACAUGGGUGACUUUGCUCUGGGAACGGCCUUAGGCACACAGGUAGUGGGUGUCAAUGCAGCACAUACUGAUUUUCUUGCUGCUGUGUUUAAGAAAUCAAAACUUUCUAAGAACCAGCAAAACCGGGGUGAAGGUUUGUAGGGGAGGUUGGGGGAUUAAAAAAAAGCAGGUCUAAAACUCUCAUAAUGCUUUUUUCUGACAAUUCUGAUGUGGUAGGUACCUACCAUGGUGAAGUGUUGUGAAAAAGAGACAAGCAACAGAUUGACCAGACGGUUGGGUUGUCACUACCAGCAGUAAAGUGCAGAGUGGUGCCACGGGGAAGCAAGGAAGGAAGAGAGGGAGGGAGGGAACUUGUGUGAGAGGGGAACUGCUCUCAUGUGGAAACUCAGGCAGAAGGGUUCCUAGAUGGCUCAUUCUGUCUAUGUCUAGCUCAAGUCACAAUUAUUAGCAGAGGCUGAGGAGAAGCAGGCAGUCUCUAGUCCUUUGUGAGAAUCUCUGGGGUUUUAACUGCUCACGUUUUCCUCCCACCUCCCUCCUUUUUUUCCCCCUAAAGACAAUCAGGGGCUUGCCAGGAUGGGACUCCAGGCUGCUUCCAGCACCAUCCUUAGCCCUCUCUCCAGUACCCUCUCUUUGGAAGUAAUGCACUUUGUUUAAUGUAUUUUGCCUUUAAAAAGAAAAAACAAAACAAAACAAACCAAGUUGCUUGUUUGGAACAAAAUGAGAUGCUUUCGGCACUGUAUCAUUCCUGCUUGCUGUUUUUCCUCUUAAUUUACAAUUUUAUGCAUUGAAGACAAAGUACACUUAAGGAGAAAUAUGCACAAGAAUACCUAUUAAAAUAACUCCCAUCAAGUUUGAUGGUAUAAUUUUUAAGGAUUAAAAACAGAACAAAACUAUUUUGAGUGAA